GCUGUUGACAUCUCAUACGCCGUGCAUGCAUCCCCCGGUUUCCGAUCUCCAUGUCUCUGUAGCUCACCCACACUACCGACACUGCAACAUCUCCCAGCUCCCCACCUCAGAUCCUCAGACGCAACCUCCACCCGUGCCUGGCCACCACCAACAACGCGCAUACACUGACACCUGCCUCAUUCUCAUUCUCCUUUCUCGCCGACACGAUGCCCGCGAUCCCCUCGGCCGCGCGCCGCGCCACGCGCGUAAUUGACAGCGAGAGCGACUCGGAGGCGGUCGACGAGCUCGACGACGACCACGGCGACUCGGACGUGUCCGAGAUCGAGGAGGCUGAGCCGGAGCCCGAGCCCGAGCCCGAGCCGGAACGGCCGAAGAUCCGGCUGCGCAUGCCGGCGCGCAAGCCGCAGCGGAGCACACGCACGGCGGCGAUCAAGGCGAGCGCGCGGGCGGUCGCGCAGGCUCAGGCGAGCGCGAAGGAGGAAGAGGAGGAGGAGGACGAGUUGGACGAGGAGGAGGAGGAGGAGGCGGAGGACGUGGACGUGGAGGAAGAAGAGGUGGAGGAGGAGAGCGGGAGCCGCGCGCCGAGCCCCAGCAAGAUGACGGCACGGCAGAGGGCGCGGUUGACGGAGGGCGAGAGCCAUUUGAUGGCGCUUCCUGACGGAUUCUCCAAGCCCAAGCCUGAACUCACUGAGGCCGAGCGACUACAGAAGCGUGAGGAGAUGGCGCGCCGGCGCAAGCGGCAGAACGAGCAGCGUCUGCAGGACGAACAGGACCAAACGAUCAACCGCCUGCUGCGCGCGCAAACAGGCCGCUCACGCACCAAGCUCGACGACACGGACACGCCGCGCAGCGGCCAAGUCUCGCCCGUCAAGGCGCGCGUCGUGCCCGACGCCGUGCGCUGGGUGUCGCGCAUGCAUGGCGAGGACGUGGUGCUGCGUGUGGGCGUCAAAGCUGGGCGAGAGGCGUGGAUCGCCGUGGGCGAGGAGCAUGUGCCGCGGUUCGAGGCCGCGGAGCCCGGAGAUCUGGUGUGUGCCGCGCAGGGGUGUGCGCUCCCCCGCAAGUAUCGGAGCGUGGGGAAGCCGAGUGUGGGCGGAUGCAGUGUAGCGCACCUCAAGGAGGUGAAUGCUCGGGUGGCGAGGGGGGAGCUGUAGAGGUCUGGAUGUAUGUUACUUGUUUAUGGUUACGGCGCCUCAGUGGGCCGCUUUCAGUCAAUCCACGUAAGGAUAUGCAACUU